AUGGCAGUCGGUCGUCUCCUGCUUUUCGCUGCAUUGUUCUGCCUUGUAAUAAGCGGCAACGCCGUUCCGGGGAGACAGCUUCGUCACCGAAGCAAGUAUUCGUGGCAAGACUUCGCCGCUUUGGGAAAGUUUUCAGGAACUCUCGCCGCUCCCAUGAGCGGGAGGCUCGUCAGUGGCGGCAACAAGAGGGACCAUGGAGUUAUCCGAAUGUCUAUUUUCUCGAAGGAUGGGGAUUACAACGUGUACUACAAUGGCAAAGUCGACCUCAAGGAUUCGGGCUACCCGACAACCGUCGGUAUUUUCAAGGGAAAAAAGGGCGAGACCGGAACGCUCGCAUUCGAUUUCACGGCUGAUGCCACGUGGACGAACGACACGUGGAACCCCGUGUUCCCGAUUUUCCGGCAAUUUGUGGACCACUUCGAUUACAGCUUCGAGGGAAUUUACGAGAAGGCGAGCACCAAAGUCGCGGCGACGGGCACGCUUAAGGAUCUUAUAGAGGCCAUGUUCAACGAAGGCGCUAGCUCGUACUAUGGGCUCGUGACCUCCGCGGCGCACGCGACUGGGGCGACGCGCGGGCAGUUCCUUGGAUUCAAGCUUUCCAUUUGA